AUGGAGAAGGAACAAGAGGCGACUGGAGCCACAGCACCUCACACGGCGUCCCACAGCUCCUUCAUGGAACUGCUUCCCAGGUCAAGGGGUCAAGAGGAGUCACUCGCGGCUCCUUUGGGGCCCCGUCUGUCCCCACAGAAACGCAGCAGCUUCAGUGUUCUUCAGCAGCAGAACUACUCUGCAGCCACCUGGCUCCGACGCCAAGACAAACUUGAACAGAUGCAGCAGAAGUGCAUCGUCACUUUGGCCCAGGGCUGCUGCUUUGCUAUGCUGGUGGCCCUGAUGUUCUCGGCGUUGGACCUGUGGGGAGACGGCGAGGACAGGAUCACAGAGGACAACUGCAGCAGAGACUGCCAGAUUGUGCUUGUGGAGAACAUCCCAGACGAUCUGUCUCUCUUGGUGGAUGGCAGAGUCCACCUGCCUCUGUCCGUGGCUUUCCACAUUCUGUUGGACCAGGCCAAGCACUCCGUUGAAGUCAUGUCUCCUGUAUGGAAUUUAAACCUGUGGAACCCGGACGAGAGGCCCGGCCCGGCGGAACAGGGUCAGCGGCUGUUCCAGAAGCUGCUCAGCCUGAAGUCUCGCGGGGUUCAGCUGAAGAUUGUCAGCACUCUGACCGACUCUGCUGAACUAAAGACUUUAGCAGAACACAAUGCAGAGGUCAUGUGUGACAUGACAGUUCUCACCAGAGGAGAACUACGUUCCUCCUUCUGGAUUGUGACCAUAAGCCAUCUAAUCGGAAGUGCUGUCAUGGACUGGAGAGCUUUGUCAAAGAGGAAGGAACUGGGGCUGGCGCUAUAUAACUGCAGCUGUCUGGCCCUGGACCUCCAUCGGGUCUUCUCAUUCUACUGGCAGCUCCAUCAAAGGGACUACAUCCCCUCCAUUUGGGCAAAGAGAGUCACAGCGCUGUACAGCAAACACGACACCCUUGAGCUGCAACUCAAUGCGACGCAGGCUGCUGCUUAUGUGUCUGCCUCACCUGAAGUCUUCUGCCCGAAAGCUCGAACCAGAGACGUCGACGCCAUCUACCAAGUCAUCCAGAGCGCAAGGACGUUUGUCUUCGUAUCUGUGACGGACUACCUCCCUCUGGUCAACAGGAGUCAAGGCGGAGCCUCAGUCAUGAGGUACUGGUCUUGUAUUGAUGACGUAAUCAGAGAGGCCGUGGUGGUGCGAGGAGUCCGAGUCCGCCUGCUGAUAAGCUUCUGGAAGAACACUCACCCCCUGACCUUUAACUUUGUGACCUCUCUGAAGUCUCUGUGCAUGCAGCUGCACAACUGCUCGGUGGAGGUGAGGUUCUUCAGUCACACGGAUCAGAAGGAUGGCGAUCAGUUUGGACUCAACCACAAGUACGUGGUGACUGACAGCGCUGUGUACAUCGGGAACCACAACUGGGUCGGCACCGACUUUUCCUUCAGCGCUGGAGUCGGUCUGGUGCUGCAGAUGAAACCGAACCCCAAAGACAGAAGCCUGAGCAUCCUGGAGCACAUCAGGGCUGCUUUUGAAAGAGACUGGAGCUCAACGUAUGCCACGAGCUCGCCAAGGAGGAGAGGUCAAGAGGUCAAACUGAAGAAACCUCAUCAAAUGAAGUUUUUACAAGGUCAGAGUGGCUCAUCGCCGCCAGCAGGUGGUGCUCUUAACAAACCUGUCCUCAGUAACAAACCGUAA